AUGACUGAUAAAACUUUUCACAAGGCUUCGGUCUUGUUGGGGCAAGCGAACAGUACCCCAACAAUAGUAGAAGCAGUACAGUUUCAUGGGAUACGUAUUACGAAAAACGAUGCGCUAGUUAAAGAGGUGUCGGAGUUAUAUAGAAGCUCUACACUAGAUGAACUCGUACACAAUUCACACCUUGCUGCUAAACAUUUCCAGGAGGUAGGAUUAAUGGAAAAUGCUAUACCACUGAUUGACACAGCACCGUCGAGCAAUGGCUACAUUGUCAAUUUUGUAGUUAAGGAACCGAAGGCCUUUAGUUUGGGCCUCAAAGCAGGGAUUAGCACAAACGGUGAUGCUGAUAUGUCGCUGAACGCAGGAAAACAAAGCGUUGGUGGUCGCGGAGAAGCGAUAAAUACCAGCUACACGUAUACAGUAAAGGGAGACCACAGUUUUAACCUAUCAUUCUCGAAACCUUUCCUCGGAUGGCAAAAAUAUUCGAAUAUUUCAGCUAGUUUAUUCAGAGCGAUCUCUUACCUACCCUGGAACCAUUCCAAUUGUGAAGAGAAUGCCAUCAUACUUGGCUAUAACGGUCAAAUUACUAGGAAAAUUCUUCAUCAAAUAAAAUUCAACACGAUGUGGCGAACGUUACGUGCCACGGACGACUCAGCAUUUUCUGUACGUGAACAUGCUGGACAUACGAUGAAGUUCUCUAUGGAAAAUGCUAUAGCAUUCGAUAGCCGGGAUCGCCCAAUUUUAGCCUCAAAGGGGAUUCUGGCCAGAUUAACUCAAGAAUAUGCGGGACCAUUUGGUGAUUCAUCAUUUAUCCGGCAUCAAUUGGACCUACAGGCAGCUGCACCACUUCCAUUAGGCUUAAUAUUGUCGGCGUCAGCUCAGUUGAAGAAUGUUAAAGGAUUAGGAGAUCGGGAAAUACACCUCCUAGACAGAACAUACCUUGGUGGACAACAAGAUGUACGAGGAUUUGGAUUAAAUACGCUUGGUGUUCGAUCUGAAAACUCGUGUUUGGGUGGAGGGGCAGCUGCGUGUGGUGUGCUGCAUGUGUAUCGCCCGCUAUUUCCUCCACAGAUGUUUUUCGCCCAUGCCUUUGUAUCAGCUGGAAGUGUUGCCCCAGUACGAUCACGGAACAUACUUAGGGAUCUUCAAGAUUCACAAAGAGUAUCAGUUGGCUUAGGUGUGGCGUUCAUUUUCCGGAACAUUUUCCGUCUCGAAGUCAACUACGUAGCACCAAUCAAACACUGUGUUGGAGAUUGUCAAUCAACUGGAGUGCACAUUGGUUGCGGAGUGAACUUCUUGUAA